AUGGCCCUGUCCCACACUGAUGGCUGCAUCAGAGUGAGGCUGGGAGAACACAACAUCAAUGUCCUUGAGGGCAAUGAGCAGUUUGUCAUUGCUGCCAAGAUCAUCAAGCAUCGCAACUUUAAUUCGAGGACCCUGAACAAUGACAUCAUGCUGAUCAAGCUGUCUUCCCCUGUGACCCUCAAUGCCCGAGUGUCCACUGUGGCUCUGCCCACUUUCUGUGCACGGGCUGGCACUUGGUGUCUCAUCUCUAGCUGGGACAACACCUUGAACUUUGGUGUGAACAACCCAGACCUGCUCCAGUGCCUGGAUGGCCCAGUGCUGUCUCAGGCUGACUGUGUAGCAUCCUAUCUUGGAGAGAUCACCAUGAACAUGAUCUGUGUUGGCUUCCUGGAGGGAGGCAAAGAUUUCUGCCAGGGUGACUCUGGUGGCCCUGUGGUCUGCAACGGAGAGCUCCAGGGCAUUGUCUCCUGGGAUUAUGGUUGUGCUCAGAAGGACAACCCUGGUGUGUACACCAAGGUCUGCAACUAUGUGAGCUGGAUCCAGGACACCAUUGCUGCUAACUAA